UCCCUCAAGGUCGACAAGCAUACCACUUACGAGCACAGUACGAGUGUCGACGAGAUGCAGGAGUGCGUGGUUUCUGUAAUUUGUGAUAAAUUCUUAAGUAACAUAGGGGACUCAAAGUUCAGUAUCAUGGUGGAUGAGUCUACUGAUGUAUCUGUUGAUCAGAAUAUGUUGAUAUAUGUGAGAUAUUUAGAACAGUCUCUUGGAUCAUUCUCCCCUUAAAGUGUUCUACUAGAUGGACAAGCAACUCAAUCUGAGUAACUUAAUAGGAAUAAGUACUGAUGGUGCAGCUGUGAUGACGGGAAAGAAGAGCGGGUUAGUGCAGCAACUGAAACAGGAAGUUCCCACACUCCUGAGCACUCACUGUAUCGCCCAUCGUCUGGCUCUUGCCAGUGGUCAGGCAGCAGACACUGUGCCGUACUUGCUAAAAUUCCAGGAACUUGUAAAUAGUAUUUAUAGAUAUUUUGACAAUUCUCCCAAGAACAUGUCCCGUCUGGAAAAGAAAAGUACAAUAUUGGAAGAAUCCAGUGACUUUGUCCGCUUUAAGCAAGUGUUUCACACCAGGUGGCUCAGUUUUGAGGUCAGUGUUAGACCCAUUUGUGAGAAUUAUAGUCCCCUCAUUAGUGUGUUGGCUGAGGAUAAGGGAGCUAAGGCUCAGGGUCUUCUGAAGAGCAUAUCCACAUAUAAGUUUGUUUACACAUCACACUUUCUGGCAGAUGUUUUGAAGCAAUUAGGCAUCUUGUGCAAGACUUUCCAAUCAAGUUCUAUUGAUUUCACCAGUGUCUCUUCAUGCUUGGAAUAGAGAAAAGUGGAAACUUCACAGGUCGCUCAACACGACAAAAACGAAAAUGUUGCAGGCUCGGUUUGAUUGAGCCUGUUCAUGGACGGUAGUGGAAAUGCAUGCUACCGUCCACGCCCUCUAGCCCCGGGUUGAGCAGAACUCAACAUUUACACAUGCUACAAAAAGCAAUUUAGAGACAUCCGCAGAUGUAUUCAAACGGCGGUGAACAUGGAACCUUCAAUGAUACACGUGUUGAGGCGUGUAAUUCCACGAAGAGCGGCGUUUGGUCCCCAGAUAAAGUAAAGGGUUUGCCCCAAACGAGAAAACAAUGGGCAGAACUAAACAAACUGGAAUUUAGAAAGGGGAUCUGAGGUUAUGGAGCCUGCGUAUCACAGGAACUGUCAAAAGACAAAAUUAAAAAGCAGGCACUAUAUCUAAGGGGUGAUCAUACAAUACCCAAGACUAUGAACGCAGGAGUAUUGGAACCACCCAGGCCGAAAUGGUCAUGUUGAGAAACUAAACAGUACCAAUAACACGACAUAAAAGUCGUGCUGAACGAUCUGAGAAGAUCGAAAUAUAACAGCCCUGAUUGAAUGUACGGGGAGACUUUUUACGGCCGCCACUGUUGGUGAAGUCAAGAGGCUGACUGAGUCAAAGCAAGGCAAGAUGCUCAAGUGUUUCAAAGCAGCUGGUCCAGAGAGUGUUGAUGGCUCUGGUGAGAGUGAGUAAGGGCCAUGUAAUUAAUGAUAGUGAGAAGCAGAGAGUGGAGGCAGAGAGGGCAUGUGAGCAGUUUGGGGAGAGAGUGUUGGUGAACUUGGAGGAGAGAUUUGCAGAUGUGGGUGACAGUAAGAUUUUGAGAGGCUUUUGUGAUCCGUCUGUGUUUGUGAGAGAGGGUGAGGUUUUAGAGGAGUGUAUUAGGACUGUGAGUCAGCAUUUGGGUGAGGAAGAUUUUCGAGAGGAGUACAUGCGCUUCAGUGGUGAGGUUAUAGAAUGUUUUGCAAGGGUGGCAAAUGAUGUGAAUAGUGUGUGUCAGUUGGCCUUUAGAAAGAGAGAUAUGUAUGAAUGUGUGGCUGAUGCAGCUUACAGACUGUUGUGCAUCCCUGUGUCGAGUGUAGGGUGUGAGAGAGGGUUUAGUGUACAGAACUUGAUAAAAACCAAACAUAGGAACAGACUUGAUACAAGAUCUUUGUAUUUAUUGAUGAAACUUCAAAUUGAUGGUGGUCCAAAGCAUUCAUUUGAUUUUGCAGCUGCAUAUGGUAAAUGGAAGAACAUGAAAAGCAGGAGAAUCUGUGGUUACUAGAACUUUUCAUGUUCUGCCAUUUACCAAAUGCUGUUGGAAAAUCAGAUGAUCAACAUGAUAGUACAAGUAUUCAUGAAAUUGCCAUAUUUCACAUACUUUGCAUUUGUUUAUAAUAUAUUUUUUGAUGCAAUAUCUAAAUCAUGUUUUCAUGAAAAUGAUAGAAUACAUGUAUCUGUGACUGAGCUACCCACAAGUAGUGAUUAUUUUUUUGAAAUUUGUUGAUGUCUAUACAGAUUUCAUUGUUGAAUUUGUUUCCCUUCUUUGCUAUAUGAUAUAUCUGUUUGAUAUUUGUCUUUGUUUUUGUGUGUGUGCACGUGUAUGUGUGUGUUUGUGGUGUGCACGUCUGCGUGCUGUAGGUUUCGUUUUGGGGAGGCUGCGAUUUUGGUACGUGGCAUUCCCUGUUUGAUAUUUGUCUUUGUUUUCUUUUUUAGUGUAAUAGUCAUUUUAUAAGGGAGCUAACUGAGCUUUGUUUGUACAUUUUUGUGGAAAAGAGACAACUAAAACAUAAACUUGUUUGGUUAAAAUUGUCUCCUAUUAAUGAUUUAAAUUGUUUACAGUGCAGCCUCUCUGAUUGACUACUUAUCUUAACAUGAUAAAUCAAUGUAUAUGUGUAUGCAUCUGACUGUUGAGUUAUUUGUAGCUUUGUUGAAUGUAGAAAAUAAAAUAAAAAAUACUGAACUGAU